UACACUGUUCGCUACAGCUUGGGAUCAACCAGGAGGCUCUCCAAGGGAACUGACGGUUAGACCGUGACUACCAUUUGCUUUCUUCAAGUAUUGAUAAGCCCCGACACAACCCCGCGCUCAGGGACAGCCCAGCCUGCGUCUCUUCACCUGGGGCUCGGCGGGGCCAGGUAGCGCCUCCCGCACCGGCAAACCGGCACCCAGAGCGGGCCACGUCCUGCAGCCGGGGACCGCCACCCACCGCCUCGCCGCCAUCUUGCGCAACCAGCUUGCAACCGGCACACGGCGUCCGCGUCCCCGCCUCAGCACUGCCCCGUCAGCCGGCGGGGCGGUGCCGCCCGCCUCUACUUCCGAAGCGGCGGCGGGCGGGCAGGAGAAUCUUGACAUGGGGAAAACCACCAUGAGGCUUCUCUGUACUUCACUUUCUUUUACCAUGAUUUGCUGGCUAGCUGAAGGUACCCUGUCAAAAACAGAUGCAAAGAAAGGUGCUACAAAAAACCUGGAAGAAAAGAUGCUGCAUUCUGAUAAAAAUGUGCAAGACCGGGGACUUGUAGUUGUGGAUCCAAAGGCAAAGGAUAUUAUACUGGAACACAGAAGUUAUUGUUCCAAGAAGAUGAAGGAAAGACAUUUCUCAGGAGAUGUUCUGGGAUAUAUUACUCCUUGGAACAGCCAUGGCUACGACAUUGCUAAAAUAUUUGGAAACAAAUUUACGCUAAUCUCGCCAGUCUGGCUACAAGUGAGAAGGAGAGGGAAGGAAAGGUUCCAGUUCACUGGGCUCCAUGAUGCUGAUAAAGGCUGGAUGAACGAUGUCAGAAAAACCUCCAAAAACAUCAAAAUAGUGCCUCGAAUUUUGUUUGAUGGAUGGACUUACCAGGACUUCGACAGUGUUUUUGGCAGUGAGGAUGAAAUAGAGGAACUUUCCAACAACAUGGUUCUGCUAGCGAAGAAUGAAAAUUUCGAUGGUUUUGUAAUUGAAGUUUGGAGUCAGCUGGGAAAUCAAAAGCAAACGGAGUUGAUUCACUUGCUCACUCACCUUUCUGAAGCUCUGCAUGAAGCACAACUUAAACUCGUACUGGUCAUCCCUCCUGCAGUUGCAGCAGGGACUAACCAGCCGGGAAUGUUCACAAAGAAAGAAUUUGAUCAGUUGGCCUCAGCAAUAGACAGCUUCAGUCUCAUGACAUAUGACUAUUCAACACCACAACGACCUGGUCCGAAUUCUCCUAUUCCCUGGGUACGAGCCUGUGUUCAAGUACUGGAUCCUGAUUCAAAAUGGAGGAACAAAAUACUGCUAGGGCUGAAUUUCUAUGGCAUGGACUAUUCUGCUUUGGGAGCCUCUGGGGAGCCAAUCCUUGGUAGCAGGUACAUUGAAACCUUGAAGGAGCACAAACCAAAAAUUGUCUGGGAUGAACAAAUUGCUGAACACUACUUUGAAUACAAAAAAAAUAAAGGAGGAAAACAUGCCGUCUUCUACCCAACACUGAAGUCCAUCCAGUUGCGCUUAGAUCUUGCAAAAGAAUUGGGCACUGGAAUAUCCAUCUGGGAACUGGGACAAGGCCUGGAUUAUUUUUAUGACCUGCUUUAAAAUAAGAGAUGAUCUGGGAAAGACUUUAUUUUCUUCAAUGAGACUCCACCUUCAAUUAAUUUGGGUAUCCCGGAGAGGUGAUUUUUAAAACAUUUUUUGUAAUUUGUACCAUAUCUGUAUUAAACUUGCAUUUUUUUUCCCAAUAAAGAACCUUUUCUGAUUUGCCAUACAGAUGUGA